AUGAACGCGACGCUUGCUGCGGCGGCGGCGGCGCAGGGUGGGUGCGGGCGGCGUCCGCUGGGCCCUGGCCGGCAGCUCGCCAUCACACUCACGUACGUGCUGGGCGUCGCGGGCAACGUCGCCGCGCUGCUGAUCCUGCGCGGGCAGGCGCGCCACCGCCGCCACGCGCUGAUGCUGCGCUGCCUCGCCGCCAACGACCUGGUCGCGCUCACCGGCAUGCUGCUGCAGCUCUACCUCAAGCUCUACCUGCCCUGCGAGUACUUCUCCGAGUACUGGUCCUGCGUCGUGCGCGUCCUCUGGCGCCUCUUCGGGCUCGGCUCCGGCUGCGUCGCCAUCGUCAUGGCUGUGGAGCGCUGGCUCGCGCUCACGCACCCCUUCUUCUACCAAAUGCACGUGACGUACCACAUGAUAAAACAGUCCAUCUUCAUCCUGUGGGCCGUGGUGCUGGUGCUGGUGUGCCUGCCGCUCACCGGAUUUGGAAUCUACUUCGAGGACGGCAAGUGUGUGCGCCUGAGGAAGGCCAAGGCACCCGAGGACGUGGCCUACGCAUACCUCUACUUUACUUUCGGCACGGUGCUGUGCGCGUGCAUCGUGGUGUGCAACCUGGCGGUGAUCCGCGCGCUGUGCCAGCUGGGCUGCCGCGGCCGGCGCCGGCGCCUCGGGGUGCGCAUCCUGCGCCACGCCAGCCGCCACGGCGAGCCGGGCGCCGCCUCCGAGAUCAUGUACAACGCCGCCACCACCGAGGAGGUCGCCUUCGCGCGCCUCAUGGCCGUGCUCUGCAUCAUGUUCGUUGUGUGCUGGGUGCCGCAGCUGAUGUCGAUCCCGAUGACGCAGCUGGUGGAGGGGUCGCGGUACAAGCUGUUCUUCGACGUGGCGGAGUGCCUGCUGGCGCUGCACUUCAUGCUGGACCCGUACGUGUACGUGCUGCUGCGCCACCGGCGGCGCGGCACCUGCGUGCCCGGGCUGCUGAAGCGCGUCUUCCGGCGCUGCUCGACCAGCACGGCGACGGCCAGCGCGUCGCUCGCGCUCACCGACCACGAAGGCUACGAAUAG